UAUGAUGGAAAGUAGAGAAUGGGAAAAUGACUCUUUUGAUGCAAAAUCAAUAAAUGCUUAUAGAUAAAUGUUAGAUUUAGAAUAAAGAAAUGUUCGUCCAGAAUAAAUGUUUUCUUUAGUUUUCUAUAAAUGAAUUAGUGAUUGAAAAAAUUCAUUUUAUGAAAAUUUUCCACUUUGAUCCACCGUUUCUACUCAACCUUCACUUUCAGUCUCCAAUGGCGAGGAAGGAGAAUCAGACUAUCAUAAUUACGGACAAGUACCAGAUGAGGACAUGGGCGAGAACCAUGAGAUCUCUAUCCAAUACCAUCGCCCUUGUUCCCACCAUGGGUUUCCUUCACGACGGCCAUCUCUCUCUAAUCCAAGAAGCUCACAACCAUUCACAGCUCGUCGUCGUCUCUAUAUACGUUAACCCUAGCCAAUUUGCCCCUUCCGAGGAUCUCUCAACCUAUCCUUCAGAUUUCGACGGCGACAUUCGGAAGCUCAUGGAUGUUCCUGGAGGAGUUGAUGUCGUUUUCCAUCCUCACAAUCUCUACGACUAUGGAGUUGAAUCAGCUAUGGAUUGUGCUGGAAUGCCCGACGUUUCUUGCUUGGAGGAAUCCGGUUCAGGGCAUGAAACAUGGGUUAGGGUUGAGCGUUUGGAGAAGGGCAUGUGUGGGAGAAGUAGGCCUGUUUUCUUCAGAGGGGUUGCUACCGUUGUUGCUAAGUUGUUCAAUAUUGUGGACCCGGAUGUUGCCGUGUUUGGGAAGAAGGAUUAUCAGCAAUGGCGGAUUAUCAGGCGGAUGGUUCGAGAUCUUGAUUUUUCUAUAAACGUUGUGGGGUUUGAAAUCGUGCGUGAUGCUGAUGGUCUUGCAAUGAGUUCUCGCAAUGUGCGGCUCUCACCUGAAGAAAGACAAAAGGCAUUGUCUAUAAACAGAUCAUUGUCAAAAGCAAAAUCUGCAGCAGAACGAGGUGAACUCAAUUGCAAAAGGUUAAAAAACUUGGUUGCCGAUGAAAUACAAGAAGCUGGCGGAGAACUGGAUUAUGCUGAGAUUGUGGAACAAGAGAGUUUAGAGGUGAUGGAGGAGAUCAAGAGUCCAGUUGUGAUCUUGAUUGCCGCUUGGUUUGGCAAAGUCAGGCUCAUAGACAACAUCGAAAUAAACAUUUGAGUAUUUAUCUUUUUUCCCCUCUUUUUAAGGGGUUAACCCCUCUUUAUAUAUUCCAUAAUCUGAAAUUUUGGUAAAUGUUGUAAAUAUUUUGUUAUUUUUUUUACCGUUCUCCUCCAAAUUAAAGACUCAGAAUAAAGAAAAGUCUCAUUGUCUCUUAUUUUAUUAUAUUUGCCAUUAGACAAUCUUAAAUCAUAAAAUUUUAGUCUAUAAUUGAGACAAC